GUCUUCCGUUAAAUGUGUGCACGUGUGAUUUGCUUCUCUGCUAGCCUAUAUAAAUACUCACGACAUCACAGUGACCUGAAGACGCUCAAACUGUCAGGCAAUCGGUAAAGAGCUGCGAGGACGGGAAAUUAAAUUGAUCCGAAAACCAGUGUCCAAAAAGAAGCUUGCCAAAAAAUGAACAUCUAUUCCAUUGAAUCAGCGCUCCUUGCUACCAGUUGCGGAAAGUAUGUGUGCAUUGAAGGCAGGCGCAGGCGCAGGAACAGUCAAUCGCAUGAGCUGGUCACAAAAAAUCGACAGACAAGUGACCUUGGAAGCGCAGCUAAAGUCAAGGUGUAUCAUGUUUUGAAUGGCACCAGAAAAUGCAUGGCUUUUUGCUUUGAGGUGAAUAAAAAGUCAGUCUUCCCUGUUAUUACUCACGGGAAAGAGGUCAAAUUCAAGGUUUUACCCACAGAAGAGCCGAUCACGGCAGGAAUCUUUGACCAAACGUUCUUAUUUCAAUGGGAUGAGCGAGACAUUCAUGGAGACUGGAGGAGUUUGAAAUCAGUGGCUGAACCAAGCAAGUACCUGAUUGGUGUAGAAAAUGGCAAAGAAAAGAGCAAAGUGAUCGUCACAACUGAGCGGAGUCCAGUUUUUAAAAUCAGUUACUCAGAUAUGAGAAGAGGGUCCUUUUCUUUGAUGGAUAUUGAGAAAAUGUGA